AUGGAAGAAGAAGACUUUGGAGAACAAGCGCUUGAAGACGAUUUUGAAGAAGAUGAUGGAGGAGAUGAUGAUGACGAAGACUCAAUAGAAAGGGAAAUCGAGGAGAAUGAUCUUGUCGAUGAAGUUGGUUCAGAAAUGGACUAUCAAAUCGACGAGGAAAACUAUCAAAUGGACAUUGUUCAAGCAGAAGCGAUGGAGAUGGAGGAAGCAAUGCUCGACGAAGAAUAUAAUUUUAACUCAGGAAACUCCCAACAAAUGCGGCUAAUCACGUGA